CGGUCACUGAUACAUUACAUAAUAAUUGGCCGAAUAAUUAAUUGUCUUUUACACGACUUUGUUGUAAUGCGAACUAAGGUUCUAAGGAAUGACAAAGACAAUGUCGUCUACAUAAAAGUAUUUUCAAUCAUUUAAUGAAUCAUCGUCCACCAAAAGCGGAUACGGCGACAACUUAUGGGCGAUUUGCAAAGGGGAUAAUUUCCGGAUCAUGUCAGUCUGCCUCAUCGCGAUCCAAUGGCUAAAUUGGGCCGGGCCAUCGUCAAACAAUUUCAAGUUAGUAAAUCUCGUCCGGUAGCGGCACUCGCUUCAUUAACACAACGGCUGUCCCGUCAUAAUGUACUUUCUCGUUUGGACAAGUCGACUAGUUUACCUAGCAUUUCCGUUCAAAGAUUACCUUCCUCUAAAGCUAGCGCCUCCAGUUCGGGGGAUAAAGUUUCGGGGACGUUAACUGUUAUAACCUCAUUGCCGGUGCUGGGCAGUAGCAGUCGUAGCAGCUAUAACGUAGGUAGUGAUCAUUCUUCGGCCACUCCCGAAUGUGUUUCGCCUGCAACUGGCAGCCCGCAGCAAAACAGUAAAAGUUCAACUCCUCGAAACUUCCAUCAUCAAGACCCUUACGGCAGGAAGCUUCCUCUGAUGCCAAAUGAUGUGCUAAAGUAUUAUUCAAAUCGUUUAAAUGCUUUCGAGAGAGCGGAAGUGAAGCAAUAUCCAGAAAUAUGGUAUCUAGGACUAGAAACAAUUAAGAUCGAAGGCAAGGAAGGUAGUCCGCAAAACUGUGGUUAUGAUGAUGAAAAUGGAUCUUAUAUCAAGGUUAGAAUGUUUUGUACGGAAUUUGUCUGUUAAAUACGAAUAUUUUUA